AUGUUGCAGGAGUCACCUGGCAGCAUGCUCCUGCGCAAGAGCCGCUUUGGCAAGAUCAAGCGGAAGGACCUUACAGUGCUGGGUCUGCUGGGCUGUGGCGGUUUCGGCGCUGUGGAGCUCGUGGAGCACACGUCCACGGGCAACACCUAUGCCCUGAAGGCUCUGAGCAAGGGCUUCAUCGUGAAGUCGGGCAUGCAGACGAGCGUGAUGAGCGAAAGAGACGUGCAGCUGGCGUGCGAGUCCCCAUUCAUCAUCAAGGUCUACGAGACCUUCAACAGUCCAGAUCACCUGUUCUUCCUCUUGGAGUGUGCGUUGGGCGGCGAGCUCUAUGCCACCUACAACAAGAAAGGUCUGACUGGCAAGGAGGGCCAUGCACAGUUCUACGUGGCUGGGGUUGUCGCAGCCUUCGACCACCUGCACAGUUGCUCGGCGUCUCAAAACUACACUCCAUUGCGGUACAAGCACUUCGAAGUCGAGUACGUAACUGACCUCGGGCCUUUGUGGGCGGGUGGGUAA